AUGCCUCGGUCAACAUUUAUGCCAUCCCAUAAUUCUGAAAACCAACCACAAGAAAUGGGCUCACAAGAGGCCCUGCCACAAAUGAGACAGAAGGCAGAGAAGUCAGCAGUUGAGUGUGAAGUCAACAGGAAACGCAUUCACACUCUAUCUCAAGGCAAAGGUGAUCAUGGGAAAGGGAUUCUGUAUUGGAUGUCUAGAGAUCAUCGCACUGUGGACAACUGGGCUCUUCUCUAUGGGCAGCGUCUAGCAUUGAAACACAGACUCCCACUUCAUGUCUGCUUCUGUCUGGUUCCCCAGUUUCUUGAUGCUACCAUUCGACACUUUGGUUUCAUGCUCAAAGGUCUUCAAGAAGUGGAAGCAGAAUGUCAAGCAUUAAACAUUCAAUUCCAUCUCUUGAAGGGAGAGGCACCAACUGUAUUACCCCAGUUUGUCAGCCAGAAUGCAAUAGGAACUGUUGUGACUGAUUUUUCUCCUUUGCGUUUACCAUGUUCAUGGGUGGAGAAUGUCCAAAAGGCUCUUCCAGAAGAAGUGAGCUUUUUUCAAGUUGAUGCCCACAACAUAGUUCCUGUUUGGGAGACCAGCAAUAAACUUGAAAAGCGAGCGUUCAUCAUUCGUGGAAAGCUUAUGAGCAAACUGGGGGAAUUUCUGACAGAAUUUCCUCCUGUGGUCAAGCAUCCAUUCAUAUGCAGCAAACCCUGCAGUUCUAUUAAUUGGGAUGAAGUCUACAUGUGGUUGGAAUGUGAUAGGAGUGUACCUGAAGUAACAUGGGCCAAGCCAGGAACUUCUUCUGGAAUGAAGAUGCUUCAGGACUUCAUUCAGAAUAGAUUGGAGAUGUAUGCUGAGAAGAAGAAUGAUCCUACUGUGGAUGCUAUGAGUAAUCUCUCUCCAUGGCUUCAUUUUGGUCAAGUGUCUCCUCAGCGUUGUAUUCUGGAGGUUAAGCAAUUCUCUGGGAAUUAUCCUCAAUCAGUAGAUAUGUUCAUCAAAGUAACCUUCAUCUGGAGGGAAUUGGCUGAACACUUCUGCAAAUAUUGUCCCCAUUAUGAUUCACUGAAGGGAGCUCAAGAAUGGGCAAGGAAGACACUGGAGAUCCAUUCUCAUGACCAGCGGCCAUACAUCUAUUCUGAAGGUGAAUUGGAAAGUGCUAAGACUCAUGAUCAUCUGUGGAAUGAUGCCCAGAAACAGUUGGUGAAAGAAGGAAAAAUGCAUGGCUUUCUGCGAAUGUAUUGGGCAAAGAAGAUUUUGGAAUGGACUCAAAGUCCAGAGGAGGCCUUGAGGAUUGCAAUACAUCUGAAUGACAAGUAUGAAUUGGAUGGGCAGGAUCCCAAUGGCUAUGCUGGAUGCAUGUGGGCCAUCUGUGGCAUUCAUGACCGGGCAUUUAAUGAACGACCCAUCUAUGGCAAGAUACGUUGUACAAGUUAUGAAGGCUCCAAGCGCAAGUUCAAUGUGAAUGCCAUCCUUAUGAAGGAUGGAUCAAUCUGCAAGCAGAGAAGAGUAUGGACUAGGGCUUCUCUGGAUCAAAUGGCAUCAAGGAAUCUUAAGUUCAGGCCAACAUAUGUGCCACCCCAAGGUUCUCAAACCCAGUCAUGGGAAAUGAGCUUGCAAGAGGCUCUUCCUCAAAUGCAAAAGGCAGGAAAGUCAGCAGUUGAGUGUGACUUCAAUGAGAAGCGCAUUCGCACUCUAUCUUGUGGAAAAGGUGAUCAUGGAAAAGGGAUUAUUUAUUGGAUGUCGAGGGAUCAGCGUGUCAUGGAUAACUGGGCUCUUCUCUAUGGGCAGCGUCUAGCAUUGAAACACAGACUCCCACUUCAUGUUUGCUUCUGUCUAGUUCCCCAAUUUCUUGAUGCCACCAUUCGACACUUUGGUUUCAUGCUCAAAGGUCUUCAGGAAGUGGAGGCAGAAUGUCAAGCAUUAAACAUUCAAUUCCAUCUCUUGAAGGGAGAGGCACCAACUGUAUUACCCCAGUUUGUCAGCCAGAAUGCAAUAGGAACUGUUGUGACUGAUUUUUCUCCUUUGCGUUUACCAUGUUCAUGGGUGGAAAGUGUUCGAAAGGGUCUUCCUGAAGAUGUGAGCUUUUUUCAAGUUGAUGCCCACAACAUAGUCCCUGUUUGGGAGACCAGCAAUAAACUUGAAAAGAGAGCAUACAUCAUUCGUGAAAAGCUCAUGAGUAAACUAGGGGAGUUUCUGACAGAAUAUCCACCUGUGGUCAAGCAUCCAUUCAUAUGCAGCAAGCCGUCAAAUUCUAUUAAUUGGGAUGAAGUCUACAUGUGGUUGGAAUGUGAUAGGAGUGUACCUGAAGUGACCUGGGCUAAACCUGGAACUUCUGCCGGGAUGAGGAUGCUUCAGGACUUCAUUCAGAAUAGAUUGAAGAUGUAUGCUGAGAAGAGGAAUGAUCCUACUGUGGAUGCUAUGAGUAAUCUCUCUCCAUGGCUUCAUUUUGGCCAAGUGUCUCCUCAGCAUUGUAUUCUUGAAGUGAAGCAAUUCUCAGGGAAAUAUCCUAAGUCAGUUGAUAAGUUCAUUGAUGAAGCCUUCAUCUGGAGGGAACUGGCAGAGAAUUUCUGCACAUAUUGUUUCCAUUAUGAUUCAUUGGAGGGAGCUGAAGAAUGGGCUCAAAAGUCACUUGUGAUCCAUUCUCAUGAUCAACGACCAUACAUCUAUUCAGAAGACAAAUUGGAAUCUGGGGAGACUCAUGAUCAUUUGUGGAACUCAGCACAGGAACAGUUGGUAAAAGAAGGGAAGAUGCAUGGUUUCCUGCGAAUGUAUUGGGGGAAGAAGAUUUUGGAAUGGACUCAAAGCCCAGAGGAGGCCUUGAGGAUUGCGAUAUAUCUGAAUGACAAAUAUGAAUUGGAUGGACGGGAUCCCAAUGGCUAUGCUGGUUGUAUGUGGGCCAUUUGUGGUGUUCUUGACAGGGAGUUUGAUGAAAGACCCAUAUACGGCAAGAUUCGCUACAUGAGUUAUGAAGGCUCCAAGCGCAAGUUCAAUUACUUUGAUGACACUUUGAUUGUCACUUGCAAAGAUGGGCCGGUUGGCAUAGAUGAGUCGGGGGAUGGAUUAAAGGACUCUGCAAUUGCCGAGUCAACAAAGGUGAAGUCAGCCAGGAAGCAUCCGCUCUAUCUUGACCUCAAGAUGUUCUUGUGCUUCGUGAGGGAAGUAGAGGAACAUCUCCUUUUAGCUGCUGCUGCUUGCUUGCUUACCUGA